AUGGAUUCUCAACCGAAGCUCAUUCCGAUCACUUUGAACGGUGAUAAUUACUUCUAUUGGACUAAGGCUGCAACUGCAGUCCUCACAAGUAAAGGAUUAUGGGCCCACGUUUCCACCAAAAGGAUGCCUCCAACACCACAAAUGGCUACAGGAGAGGACAAUCCCGUGGAAGUGGAGAACCGAAACAAAAAGGCUGCGGAUGAAUAUGCUCAAUGGAAGCAACUUGAUAGCCAAGCCCUUGUUCUGUUACAGGGCUCUCUUGAUUCAACAAUUCUGCAAUCUUUCAUCUCUAAUGACACAGCAAUGUCAUUGUGGGAAUCGCUGAAACAAACCUACGGUAAUCUCUCGAACAUCAGCCGUAUCUUUGAACUCAAGAAAAAGCUAUUCAAUUUGCAGCAGAAUGGACAACCAUUCAACAAAAUUCAAGGAGAAUUAUCUGCACUUUGGGCUGAAUUAGAGGAGAUUCGCCCCACAAGCACAGAUGCUCCUACUGUAAUGACAAGAGCGCAAGAGGAUAAGGUCUUCUCUAUUCUUCUUACUCUUGAUCCAUCGUUCAAUGAUUUGAUCUAUCACCUCUUGCGUCAAUCAUCCCUUCCUUCCUAUGAGGAAGUGUGUAUGAUGAUCAAGAGAGAAGAAGGUGGCAGAAAUUUAUUCACAGGGCCUCUUGAACUCGCUCACUUCACAAAGAAGCCGUCUUUCACAUUGAGGGAUAGAAAAAGCUUCUUUUGUGAUCACUGCAAGCAUUCUGGCCACACAAAGGAUCGCUGCUGGGUUUCAAAUCCCCACUUGAAGCCAUCACGGUACAAGGACACUCCUCGUCGCGAGGCUGCUAUGACUGCUGGUCAUGAACCUGUCCCAAACGAGAGCUCUAUCAAUCUCACUUCUGCAGAGUUGAAGGGUCUCAAACACCUUCUCCAAACCUUCAACCAAGAUUCUGGUAACAUCACUACAUCUCUUUCUAUAGUAAUUGAUUCUGGUGCAACUACACAUAUGUUUCGUGAUGCUUCUUGGUUUACAAAUAUCACAACAAGUAAUGGUGUUGUCUCUGUUGCAAAUGGUAAAUCUGUUCCGAUUCUCGGUCAUGGUACUAUAUCUCUUUUUGACACAAAACUCACGGCUUUAUAUGUCCCACAGUUUCAAACCAAUCUGCUUUCUAUACCUAAGCUAAUUGCAGGAUACUAA